UUACAAGGCUUCCAGGUAUACAGCAAACGCUUUAUACUCCUAGAAGAUACCUGAUACCCUUUUCAUCUGGGCUGUUAGAAAAAAUAAAUCUUUUCUUUCCAAAGCAAGAACAUGGGCUAUAAAGUGCUUCAGAUAAUCCUGUGUUCAUUGUUGCUUAUAGAAGCAUUGGGAGCACCAUUUUUUUUGGAAGACCCAGCAAACCAGUUCCUACGUCUCAAAAGACAUGUGUAUUUGCAAGAGUACUGGGACCCAGAUCACAAUUCCAAUGGGUGGGGCAUCACACUGACUGAUAAGGUUCGUGAAACCUGGAUUUCCUUGAAAAGAGCUGCACAGCAUUAUUUAGACAUGAAUUCAUUCAGCUUUGGCAUGUCUACUGCCCAGUAAAUGCGCUUUACUGAUUCAUGCUGGAGAACAAAGAUGGGAGCCAUUGUGGCCACAAGCAGAAACCAUGGGUUGUGAAGGCCUGGGGGGUAUCUCUGUGUGUUUAUCAGAUUACUUACUAUAUCUCUUUGAUGGAGUUGUUAAAAGGAGAAUUAUGAAGACCAAAAUAGAGACCUUGAAU